AUGAUGAUGAGACCAAGCAACGGUCUGAGCGACGAAAAACCUAGUCAACCACAAAAACAGUUACCGCCGAAUCGUAACAUCAAACUCAAUGGUGCUGGGAUCAACCAGUCUACAACUACUCCACUACCAUCAGAAUGUUGGGUGACUGAGGAUACCGAAACAUACCCACCAGCAACUUCCACUACGUUGUGGGUCCGAUUUUUGAAUGAGGCUCAAGCAGAGGUAUCUCAGAUUUCUUCCACUUACGGACAUGGGGAUACCUCUGAGAAGUUUGCUCAAGGAGAAUUAAGUGCCUGCGUCGACCGUGUUCGUGUGUCGGACGAUAAACCCACAGAAGAGCUGGAAACGAAGACUGAUUUGCACCUUUGGGACGUAUUUUUCAGCAGUAGUGCAACGGCAAUGAAAGUGGAGCCUCUUGGUUAA